AUGCGUCUCGUCGCCACCGCCGCCGCAGCCAUCCUCGUAACCUUCCUCGGCACUUCUGUCGAUGCCAUCGCCCCCAUUGAGAUCAAAGGCAAUCGCUUGUUUGAGUACGGCACCGGCAAACCGUUCCAUGCCAAAGGACUCGACUACUACCCUCGCCCCAACUCGGGCGAAUUGAACGUCAACAACUUGGACUUCUUCACAGACGACCACGAGCACAUCUGGAAGCCCCAUGUUGCCGAAUUCAUUGCACUCGGUAUCAACGCCGUUCGGUUGUAUGCCGUGGACUCAUCCAAGAGCCACGACAAAUUCAUGUGCGCCUUGUCCGAAGCCGGUAUCUACGUCUUGGUGGAUUUGGCCGCCAGUUGCGAGGAUUGUGCGAUUACAAAGGACCCGUACCCGGCUUGUUACCCAGCCCCUCUCAAGACCCGCGGCCAACAGAUCAUCGCGGCGUUCUCCAAGUACAACAAUGUGCUGGCAUUCAGCGCAGGCAACGAAGUGAACCACUACGUAGACUCUAUGGAAAUCAGCGCGCCAUGCCAGAAGAAGUUCAUCAAGGACAUGCGCGCGUACAUUAGCUCAUGUGCAACCAACAUGCGCUACAUUCCCGUCGGAGUCGUCCUCGCCGACCACCAGCGCUCAAAAAACGCACUCUACUACGCGUGCCGCACCGACCCCACCGACGAAUUGGAAAAUGCCGAAUGGUACGGGUUGAACGCGUACCUGCAAUGCGACCGGACGGCAUCCCCGUGGCAUGUCGGCCCGGGGUACGACAAACUCCUGAAAGACUUCACAUCGUACGAGUUGGCAAUUCCCACGAUCCUCACUGAGUUUGGCUGCCUCAACGUCGGCUUCCCCACUGUCGACGGCUUCCAGGCGCAACGAACGUGGGUGGAUGCGGCGUGGCUUCUCUCGCCAACGUUUGCCGACGUCUUUGCCGGUGGCUUUGCGUUUGAGUUCACGACCGAAAAAGCUAACGCCGAAAAGGACUCCCCGUUCCCGUUCAAGACAUUCGGCCCACAGAACUACGGCCUCGGGUACCUUGAGCCGGAGACGUGCGACGCCGACAAAACGCCGUGCGUGUUUCAACGCAUGCCCAACUUUGACUCCCUCGCCGCGGCGUACAGAGACGCGUCCACGGCCGGCCUCCCUGAGCGAUCUUCGUACUCUCCCUCGCACACGAAGCCGCCCCAGUGUCCCGCGGGAGUUCGACCGAUCGGUGAAGUGCACUGGUCAGCGGAUUCCGAAACCGACGUGCAGUGCCCAGACCUGACGCAGACACCGCUGUGUCCGGGGGAUAUCAUCAACACUGGCAAGGCCGGCCCACCCAAGCCAUCGGUGACGACGGAGGACCCCGUCAAAGACGUGCCCACCGAGACUCCUACUUCGACCCCAUUGCCCACCACAAAUUCGUCGACCCCAUUGCCUACCACAACUUCAUCGACCCCAUUGCCCACCACAAAUUCGUCGACCCCAUUGCCUACCACAACUUCAUCGACCCCAUUGCCCACCACAACUCCUGCGGAACCAUCCCCGCCCAGUAACGUUACUGACACUGUGACACCAUCGACGGCAUCCCCGCCCAGUAACGGCACUGGCACCGUGACACCAUCGACGGCAUCCCCGCCCAGUAACGGUACUGGCACCGUGACACCAUCGACGGCAUCCUUGCCCAGUCCAGGCAGCACCCAAGGCAACCCUGCCACAGUGGCCGCUCCAGGUGUUGUGGGGGUUGUGGUCAUGGCGACAGUCGCUUGGUUGAUGGUGUGGGUGUAA